AUGCUUUUGGAGCAGGGAGCUAAACCAAAUGAGGUGGAUAAUGACAGUAGAAUAGCUUUGAUCCAAGCUUCUCAGGAGGGUCACCUAGAGGUUGUCAAGAAGUUGGUAGAGGCUGGAUCAAAUGUCAAUCACAGGUCACAUGACGGCAAGACUGCUUUAAGGGUGGCUGCAGUAGAGUCCCAUAAAGAGGUAGUGGAGUACCUGCUGACAAUGGGGGCAGACGUCAACUACAAAGAUGCUGAUGGACGGACAACACUGUAUGUGAUUGCACUGGAUGGCAACUCUGAGAUGACGGAGAUACUUGUCGAUCAUGGUGCAGAUCUUGAAGCUGUUGAUGUUGAAGGGAGGACAGCUCUGCACGUUGCAGCUUGGCAAGGAAAUCUAGAUGUUGUCAAGACCUUGGUGGGACAUGGGGCUAAGGUGAAUUCUAUAGAUAAUGAUCAUCGUACGGCUGUACAGUCAGCCUCCUGGCAGGGCCACGAACAGGUAGUCAGGUUGUUGCUAGAGGCUGGAGCUAGAGUAGACCACACCUGCAUGCAAGGUGCUACAGCUCUGUGUAUUGCAGCACAAGAGGGGCAUGAAGAUGUGGUCAGAACUUUGCUGAGUUUCAAUGCAAACCCCAACCAUGCUGACCAGUUUGGGAGAACACCCUACAGGGUUGCACUGAAAAGUAAUCAUGUUAGCAUUUGUAAGAUCCUGGAAGACUUUGGUGCCAUCAUUCCUAAUGGGGCGAAAGCUCAAAAUAUUUCAUUGACAUCUAGCAGUGAUAUUAAAAUGAACGCUGCAUCAUCUACCUCACAAGAAACUAUGGCAGAAUCAUCAGGAAGUAUGGGCAUUAAAGUAACAACUGUUGUGGUCCAGUCUUUAUCUUCUGCCUCUCCAGAGUCUACAUCUGACCAUCACAAAUCCUAUCACUCGAACAACUCCUCUAAAUCAUCAGGGAGUCUGACUUCUUCAACAAACUGGAGCAACCAAAGUGGAGUGGGCAACCUCUCAAGGCUAGACAGAGAGUGCCUGACCUUCACCCAGCAGCUGCAGCAGUGCUCCGUCAGCAAGAACCGCUCCAGACCAAUCAGCAGAGUGCUGUCUCCGGUUAGUGAACCACAAAGUCCACUACAUUCUCCAUGCAUUACCCCUGUUAAUGAAACAACAAGAAACGUUGAGCAGAAUAUGAACAUCAUGAUCCCAUCACCAAUCAAAAGUGGAUCAUUCAAACAAGAGAAGAUAUCAGCUGCCAUAAACAUAAUCACAAAUCCACAUGUGGAUAUGAUGAGCUCAGUGGAAGAACCAGUGUGGCAAAGAAAUCCUGCCCAUCCUGUCAAUAAUCAUGCUGUCAGUUCAUCUCUUACCAGUUGCGAUAUCAUUGGUAGUGAAUCUCAGUUCGAUUACUCCAGUCUUCAGCAACCUUACUUCAGUUCUCCCUCUUCAGAUUCACCAUCGAAGAUCAUCAUGGGGAGGAAAUCCCUGGGUAGCAAGAGCCCUGAUACAAAAAAGAAACGAAAUGGGAUCGUCACAAAUCCAAAAGUCAACCAGCCAGGUAGUUCCAAGAUUGUACUUAAAUAUAAUAUGCUGUCCAGCAGCCCAGACAGCAAGCCAGGCUCUACUGUCUGCAGCAAUGUUACAUCCGGAAGCUCCUCCUCAGUUUCAACAGAAACUCUGAGUUCUUCCAAUGUUAGAUCGGGCAGUGCUGCCAUUUUAUCACAUGAGAUUGUGGACAUAGAUGAGGGAACAAGCCAUCUGAUUGGGAGUGUUAAGGCUAUCAGACCUAAUGGACUUCCAAUAAAGAAGAUCAACUCCCAACAUUUUCACUAA